AUGUACUCCCGCGCCUCCAUCUUGAGCAGAAGCUGCCGGUACUUCUUCCGCGCCCCCGUCCACCAGCGACAGACCUUUUCGAUCUCCGCGCGCUCCUUCGCAGCCGUCAACGCAGCCAUGGCCGACGCGACCGCGGGUGUGACCGCCGACGGACUGAAGAGCAAGUUGAUCGAGCAGUUGCAGGCACAGCAUGUUGAGAUUGAGGACCUUUCGGGCGGCUGUGGCCAGGCAUUCCAGGCGGUGAUCGUAUCCCCGCAGUUCGAGAAGAAGACCAUGCUCGCUCGUCACCGGUUGGUGAACUCGGUUCUGAAGGCGGAGAUCGCGGCCAUCCAUGCGUGGACCCCGAAGUGUUAUACCCCGGAGCAGUGGCAGGCGUUGCAGCAGUAGAGGAUGAUAGAUUUUUCCUGUUAUAUUACGGCCCAAAAUAAAAGAAACGGAUGAAGAAACUUCAUAUAUCCUGGGUAUUCGACGCGCUGGAAGCAUAUACGCCGGCGUUGGAGUUUUCAUUAAUGUACAUUUGUCGUCGCUAUCCAGCUGUGGGCUAUAGUAUACUGGUCUUGGGCUAUGGUGGGUGGAAAUAAAAGACAUG